AUGGCGUCCCAACUGGGAUACUCAGUGGGAGAAGACGCGGGAAUCCACUGUGAAACUUCUUUCUCUAGAAAUGGGGUCUCCCUGGAACCGUUUAAGAAGUACAGGAUACAACCAGUGAACCCAGACAAGGUUACUUUUGUAAUUGUUAAUGUGAGCAAAGAGGAUGGAGGGAUUUACACCAGCUAUGCUGUUGAUCGAAACACCUGGUUCCGAUCGGAACAAAGUGACCUUGUGGAGCUGCUGAUAAAGGAUACUGACCUGCCUAAACCCAGUAUCUCCAUGAGUCCUGGCUGGGUGGAAUUCCUUGGUAGUAACAUCACUAUUCAGUGCCGUGCUAGAGGUCCAGUCAAGAGGUUCUAUCUCCAUCGCUUUGGUUAUCCAUAUGCUGGGCUACCACGGAUGAUAGAGACAGAUGGGGACGUUGCUGACUUCCUCUUCAUCGAUGUGAGCUGGGAUCAGUUAGGGGAAUACUUCUGCACCUAUAGACCUCCAUGGGGGUUUCUUAUGUCCAUGCCCAGCAACACUGUGGCACUCCAGUUAUUAGAUACCAACCUUCUGGACCCACCAUCCAUCUCCCUGCGCCCCUUGGGUGGGGUUGAUCUUGCCACAAAUGUCACUAUCUCCUGCAUGACCACAGAAUGGUAUGACAAGACAUUCUAUCUCGAAAAGGCAGGAGGUCAAAUGCUCUGGGAGCUGUGGACCCGUCGCACUGUUGCCACUUUCUUCAUCAUCCAUGUGAACUGGGAACAUGGAGGAGAAUACAGAUGUACAUAUGCCAUGAGAAGGGCCAUGUCACUAUCCAGUGACCCUGUGGAGCUUCUGAUAAGAGAUCCUGAUCUACCAAGGCCCAAUAUCUCCUUGAGUCCCAGCAGUGUGGCUCUCCUGGGAAGCAACAUCAUCAUCUCUUGCUGGAUGGAGGGUCUCAACAACACAUUCUAUCUCCAUAAAGCUGGAAAGAGGAAGGCACCACAAUCAGUGGAGUCAAAGGAGGGCAUGGCCCUGUUCCAAAUCAGCAAUGUGAGGCUGAAUCAUGCAGGAAGCUACAGCUGCAGCUACCGAACACCAAAGCUUUUCAAGACCUCAGAGAACAGCAACAACGUGGACCUCUUGGUGUUAGGCCUGAAAUAUUCGUACUAA